AUGUUACGAAUUCGUUAUCGGAGAAUACCUCAAAUUCUAGUUCCUGUUCGUUCGAAUCAUUACAAAACACUUGGAGUAGAUCGCCACGCGACGCAAGAAGAGCUCAAGAAAGCGCACAAGGCUCUUGCUCGAAAAUAUCACCCUGACAGACCAAACGGAGACGAAGCCAAAUUCGUGGCUGCUCAAGAAGCCUAUACGAUUUUAUCCGACUCCUUGACGAGAAAAGACUACGACGAAAGCAUCUUCGGCGUUGAAAAAGAAGCGUACAAAGCAAACGAUGAGAAAUUCAUGGCCCAGGGCGUGCCCAAACGCGCUCCGGGCGAAGCCUUCGUCUCCGGCCAAUACGAAGAGGCAAACAAUCAAUUUGACCGUAAUAUACGGACUGGACCGGGGAUCAGAAAAUGGCUUGCCUGGCUUUGUUCCGAAUAUCUUUACGAAGAAAAUGAACGGCUAGUGGAACUUCCAGGAACGGAAGGCUACAAAGCAAAGCAAGAAUACAUCGAAAGACUAAUCGCAGAAGUCCCAGAAAACCCUCAAGAUCAAUACGCCGAAUACGGAAUAAGAAAAGACUGGCUGAUAGAAUUCUACAUGCAUGCAACGAGAGCACAGCUCCGUGGCGAAAUCCCGACUCUCCAAACGGCGCUCAGAUAUUUGCCCUUCGUCGGAAUGGAUUUUUUAAAAGGCGAAAUUCCGUUAAACCCGGCGGACGAUUUUCACGACGGUUCCGCGAAAUGUAUUAUCUGCCAGUUUAUCUAUGGACAGAUCUCGAAACAUUAUCCAGCCGAGUUUUUGGAGCAGCAUAGUACCCGUUGUGCUGAGUUUUUGAGGAGCUUCUUGCCUAGUAAAAAUGUCGAUAUGCAGUAUGAAACUUUUAAAGUCGAUAAUCCUGACUACAUCGAACACGCAACAGGAGAAAGAAACAAAGAUGGCCGUCAAUUGCGUCACAAUCCACUGACAAACCAGUACGAUUAUGGCGAUAAAAUCCACAACAGAGACGUUUUCUACGGCGAUGUCAAUUACGAAAUGCACAGGCGAAAGCGCGAUCUCAAAAAUUACUGA